AUGGAUCUCGAGCCUGGCACCAUGGACUCCGUGCGAUCGGGACCUUUUGGACAAAUCUUUCGCCCGGAUAACUUCGUCUUCGGGCAAACCGGAGCCGGGAACAACUGGGCCAAGGGUCACUACACCGAAGGCGCCGAGCUCAUCGACGGUGUCCUCGACGUCGUUCGCAAGGAGGCUGAGUCGUGCGACUGCCUCCAAGGUUUCCAAGUGUGCCAGUCCCUCGGUGGUGGUACCGGUUCCGGUAUGGGUACGCUUCUGAUCUCCAAAAUUCGGGAAGAGUACCCGGAUCGCAUGAUGCUCACCUUCUCCGUCGUGCCAUCACCAAAGGUGUCCGACACCGUCGUUGAGCCGUACAACGCAACGCUCUCGGUGCACCAGCUCGUCGAAAACGCGGACGAAUGUAUGAUUCUUGACAACGAAGCGCUUUACGACAUCUGCUUCCGCACGCUGAAACUCACGACUCCGACGUUCGGUGACUUGAACCACUUGAUCUCCGCGGUGAUGUCCGGCAUCACGUGCUGCUUGCGCUUCCCGGGUCAGCUCAACGCGGACUUGCGCAAGCUCGCGGUGAACUUGGUGCCGUUCCCGCGUUUGCACUUCUUCAUGGUUGGCUUCACGCCGCUUACUUCACGCGGAUCUCAACAGUACCGCGCGCUGACGGUUCCGGAGUUGACGCAGCAAAUGUGGGACGCGAAGAACAUGAUGUGCGCCGCCGAUCCGCGUCACGGCCGCUACCUCACCGCCUCCGCGCUCUUCCGUGGUCGCAUGUCCACCAAGGAGGUCGACGAACAGCUCUUGAACUGCCAAAACAAGAACUCGUCGUACUUCGUCGAGUGGAUUCCGAACAACGUGAAGAGUUCGGUAUGCGACAUCCCUCCGAAGGGUCUCAAGAUGUCCGCGACGUUUGUUGGCAACUCAACGGCGAUUCAAGAAAUGUUCAAGCGAGUCAGCGAGGCGUUCACCGCCAUGUUCCGACGCAAGGCUUUCUUGCACUGGUACACGGGCGAGGGUAUGGACGAGAUGGAGUUCACCGAGGCCGAAUCGAACAUGAACGAUUUGGUGUCCGAGUACCAGCAGUACCAAGAUGCGAGCGCGGAGGAAGAAGGUGAAUUCGACGAAGAGGACGCCGAGGAAGCUUUCUAA